CGUAGUGUAACCGAACAGUCGUCAGCGUUCACUUCAGCGUUCACUUGUCUUGCACUCGCGAUAGUUUUGCCCAUUCGUUUGCUUUUCUCGUCGGUUUUAUUUCUGCCAGCUAGUAUGUCGAGAAUCUCCAGAGAAGACGUCAUGGUGUAUUUGAACAACUCUGCGAAACCUAGGUUCAGAACGGAAUAUUGGAGAGCCCAGCCUCAGGAACAUCGGUACACCGUUGUGGUUCAACGCACCGGGAUGAAAUCAAAUAGCGAACGGACCAGCGAAAUCGAUGUUUUGACGGCCGGCACCAGAACAUUACGUUUCACCGACGGUACCAGAUCCAGGAUCUUUGCCGACAAUAUCAAACCGAAGAUUUGGACCGACGGGACUAGGCCACCGAGGAGCUUUGCUGACGGGAGCAUACAGUGGAUAAACGUAAACGGUAAUCCACUUUACAAGAUCAAGCAAAAAGACGUAGCUACAGGUGACAUCGUGGUGGCCGGCACCAAGCCGAAUCCCGUCGGUGGACAGCAGUACGUGAAGGGAGAUGCGGAGAUUGAUAAGGAAAAGUUCAAGGUGUUGCGCAAGGACGAUUUUCAACACAAGUACUGGCUUAAGUACCGCAUAACUGAUCUACCGUCGUGGCCAAAGCUCAACAAACGCGUAGAGGAUCGCACCGAGUACCUGCGCCGGAAAUUGAACAGUUCAGCCAUUCGGAAGUUCAUCCCAAGUAACUACUGCAUGUCGUCAUCUGCAGCCAAAUCGGAAACUGACGAAGAGUUCAUUAUUGUUGAUCGUGAUUUGGUGUCAAACAUCGUGAAGGAGGAUAUGGAUGGUGUUAUAUUUGAUUGGCUUCAUUUGCUCGGUCUUGAUCAAUACUUCUGGUUUUUCAAACGUUUAAGCUACAAUGAAAUAAAAUAUGUCUCUGAAGACAAUUUUUACAUGUUCUUGGAGAAAAUGAACAAGAGUAGAGAAUGCGUUGACAAACAGGAAGUGGCUAGGAUUUGCAAUGUGACAAAAAAAUUGAAAGAGCGACCAAUGAAACUCCAACAUAUGAUAAAAACGAUUAACUUGAAAACCACAUUGGUUAAAAUGUUGGAUUACGUUGAAUACCUGGAAUACAUUUUGCAGUACCCAGUUCCGAAUAAAAACUGCACCACAGCUAAAGAAAACGGCGGACCGCAAUUCGAGAUUUACUUGGUCAUGCAAAAAAUGUUUAAAAGUUUGAUGAAAUUUCUUCAAGUGUCCUGUUUUCUUUAUGCAAAUAGCUUACUUGUGUUCGUUAUCUGCAAAUUCAUUAAAUGCGUUAAAAUGAUCUAUCAUAAUCAACUCUUUUUUGAAUAUCAAGUCAACGGUUCGAUGAAACUCGCCCAAACAUUAUGGGGCAAAAUGGCGAGCAUGAAGAAUGAUUUUUCUCCUUAAA